AUGGCCGAUAUGUCCGAUCGACCACGAAUCCCAACUCCACCACCAAUCGAGCCCGAAGACGAAGGCAUGGAUUUGCGGGUGCCCCAGCCUAGAAACCCGGCUUUCCGACAGCCUCUUCGGGUUGAGCUCGCCGCGGAACCUGCUCCUGGAACCUCUCGCCAGAUUCCCCUCCAGGAUUUCGAGCCGGUCUACUCGAAAAACCACAAGGACGAGAUGACCGUGCAGAUGGUACUUUCCAUAUUGGGGUACGAUCUCCGCGGCUUGGAGCGCGAAGAGCUGGAAAGGCGAAUCUUUGCGCUGGAGCAAGCGUUCGCCCGGCGUUAUGGGCGAUUUUGGUCCGAUAUCGUGAACGGUCGGCUCAAACUCGAGCUGCUUACGGCUAACAACCGUAAAAUGAUCAUCCCCGGCUUUGGUUGGAAGAAGCAAUAA